GCUGGGAACUCCCAGUGUGACCAGACGUGACUUGUGGAUCACAUCUCAACCACCGAUCAUCGCGCUCAUCAACGAUCACGACAGCGAAUCUCCAGCCAUCCGAAACCCGCCCCGAGCAGCACGAACAGGGAACGAAUAAGUCGCCAAAAAGGAUAGCAGCAGCGAGGGUCUUGUUUGAGUUGCAGAGAAAUGUCCGCGUCGCAGCUGAACGCUGUGACGCGCGUGAACCUACCGCCGCGAAAGGUUCCGUGCAAGUUCUAUAUGUCCGGGGUAUGCCGACGCGGAUCAGCUUGUUGGUUCAAGCACGGGAACGAGAGUAAGGAGCUGCCAUCUUUGAACGCGACUUUUACUCAGCACGAGGAGAGGGGGGGUGAGGCGGAGACAGAGGAGGAGGGCGGUGAGGCGGCGGGUGCUGCGGCGGAGGUGAUGAUUGAUCAGAGCGCGCCCGAGUCGGAUGAUACAAGGAGGAAGCCUGCUGAGGAAGGCCAGGACACCUGCUGCAUCUGUCUUGAGGUUCCAAAAGUUUACGGACUGCUGUUGAACUGCAGCCAUGUUUUCUGCGUUGACUGCGUUCGCACUUGGCGGAAACAGGAGGGAAUGGGCUCUAUCAUCGUUCGCACUGCCGCGGCCGAUACUACAUCGCAGCCUCCCAACGCUGGUGCAGCGCGGCGCAUGAGCGUCACGUCGCUCGGUACGCAUGAUGAGAGAGGCGACUUUACUGAUGGUACUGGCGCCAACCAAGUGCUGCAUCGAAGCGAUCUAUCAAAGUGCUGCCCUCUCUGCCGACAGCUUUCAGACUUCAUCGUCCCAUCCGCACAGCUCCCCGUCGACCCGUCCGAGGCCGACAAGUCGCCCGAACGACUGACAAAGCAGGAGAUUAUCGACAACUACCUGACGACGCUGAAGCACAUCCCAUGCAAGCAUUUCAAGCGCAACCGGAUCUGCCAGUUUGGCAACGACUGCUUCUACUCGCACGCCAUCGCGCAGACUCCCGCGCCCGUGCCGGACUUUGUGAAAAAGUCGCUGCGGGGCGAGUCUGCGGUGCCGGCGACGGCGGCGUUCCCAAAGUCGCUGCGCAGACAGCGGAAGCCUGUUACAUGGGAAUACGUGUUUAAUUCGACGGAGCUAGCUGCUGUCGCGAGAAGAUAUCAUCAAGCUAGAUAUUCAGCGGCGUGAGGAUUAUUGCUAUUUAAGGGAUGGGAGGUAUCUGAUAGCGAUGGUGGGUAUGCAGGUGUUUUUGAUUAUAUUUGGCUGCUCGGGAUCUAUAGGAAUUGUUUACCUUUUCAUAAUGUUAUUUUUUAAUAAUCAUUCCU